CGCGCUGCGGGACCACACUGCACCGCUUCGGAGGACCCACAAACACCGUAUACGGGGGGAUAGAGGAAGAAAAAAAGGACAGCGAGGGUUCAUCGGGGAAAAGGAACCCCGAAAGACGACUAUCAGCAAAAACUAUAAGAGACGGACACUAGGAAAAGGAGAAAACGGACGAGGCAGCAAAAUCCAAGCUAUAAUAUUUUAGCCGACACGGCGUGGAAACAAUGAAGGACCGUACGCAGGAACUACGAAGUGCUAAGGACAGCGAUGACGAUGAAGAGGUUGUCCACGUUGACAGGGACCAUUUUAUGGAUGAGUUCUUUGAACAGGUGGAGGAGAUCCGGGGCUGUAUAGAGAAGCUGUCGGAGGACGUGGAGCAGGUGAAGAAACAGCACAGCGCCAUCCUGGCGGCACCCAACCCUGACGAGAAGACUAAGCAGGAGUUGGAGGAUCUUACUGCUGACAUCAAGAAGACGGCCAAUAAAGUGCGCUCAAAAUUAAAAGCAAUCGAGCAGAGCAUCGAACAGGAGGAGGGGCUGAACAGAUCGUCAGCAGACUUGCGGAUCCGUAAGACACAGCACUCUACGCUGUCGCGCAAGUUUGUGGAGGUGAUGACCGAGUACAACACCACGCAGUCCAAGUACAGAGACCGCUGCAAGGACCGCAUUCAGAGACAGCUGGAGAUCACUGGGAGAACAACUACCAAUGAGGAACUAGAAGACAUGCUGGAGAGCGGCAAGCUUGCCAUCUUUACCGAUGAUAUCAAAAUGGACUCCCAGAUGACCAAACAGGCGCUGAACGAGAUCGAGACCCGCCACACCGAGAUCAUCAAGCUGGAGAACAGCAUCCGUGAGCUGCACGACAUGUUCGUGGAUAUGGCCAUGCUGGUGGAGAGCCAGGGUGAAAUGAUUGAUAGAAUUGAGUACAACGUGGAGCACUCAGUGGACUACGUGGAGCGGGCUGUGUCCGACACCAAGAAAGCUGUGAAAUACCAGAGCCAGGCCCGCAAAAAGAAGAUCAUGAUCAUCAUCUGCUGUGUGGUCCUGGGAGUGGUGUUGGCGUCCAGUAUCGGCGGAACGCUCGGCUUUUAGAAACAAGAAAAUCCAGAAAAACAAAAACUCAUGACAAAACACCAGAUAAGACAAGCAUUAAAAACAGGGGUGGGUGGGACUUCAAACACAGACACAAAAACAGACAUAAAAAUAUAUAUAAUAGCAGACAAAAUAACUAUUAAACAAAAGAGGGUUAUACAAAUAAAACGCAAAACUUAUUAUGUACAUGUAAAUGUAUUGAACAUAAGAAACAGCACAUGGUUUAGCUAUCUGUAAAAAAAAAAAAAAAAAAAAAGAUACUACAGAAAAAAAAACAUUUUUUUCUUAUUUUUUAAUAGUUUCUCUCUUUUUGGGGGGAUCUCCAGGACAGUGCUAGUAACUGCUAAAUUCCGUGUGUUUCCAGGAACGUCUUCAGGUCUGUAGUCUAGAUUAAGGCACAAAAACUGUACAGGAACUGAUGGAUAGAUAAAUUGUAUAACUCCAUAAAUAUCAAUGAUCUUGUUUGGUUCGGAGGAAGUUUGGGACUCGGGGAAGUUGCAGUCCAUCGGGUUCUGAGAGCGCGUUUUUACCGCGGGGGGGCUCACCCCUCCGGCAGGUGUCCCGCUAAGAGAGAAACUGAACCUUCACGCAUGCUUGACUUGAAACCGUAUCAUUUCCACACUACAGCAAAGAGCUGCGGCUGACAAGCACACACCCAUGGCACUGUUGGAGAAGCAGAUUAGGCUGAAGACUGCUGGACUUGAACCCCCACUGGGGUGUGUUGCCACGGUCGUGUUUGUGAAAGCCUCGCCCUCUACUUUCAUAUUGUCUGUUGUAGUGAAACCUCUGCAGUAGUCAAGGAAAACAAACCGGAAAACACUCAUUUAAAACAAAACUUUAAAAAAAAUAGUUAAAAAGUCAGCCAACUCCAUAGGGCUGCGGUAGAUACAGAAACGGAAACUGAGAGGCGGGAAAUGUACCCGAGAAUGGCAAGAUCUGUGACUGAUGAGAGACAAGGGUGAAAGAAGACUGAAAGGAAG